AUGGAAGUCAGCAACGAAAUAAGAGAACUGAUAAGCCAUGCUUUUCAUGAGGUGUAUGACCACCCACUCAAGCAGGAUCAGUUAGACGAUCUAUUUGAUACAGCAUCUACCCCAUUUGUCCAACUGGGAGACCUGGGAUACUCCACUGAAGGGAUUUAUGAGUAUAUUCAGGCAUUCUUAGACUCAGUCAAGAACUCCUUUUAUUCACCUGUUGGUUACAACGGAGAAUUUGACUGAUUCUGACAUGAUGAAGAGAAGUCUGGGACUCAGGAGUGAUACGACUGAAACACUCCUUUGGUUGAAAUCAAUAAUUUAUUCUCAAAAUUCUCUUUCUUGUGUAAUUUACACAAAAUCGCUGAGUCUCAGAGUGACUCGGAUGAGCAGUUAGGUAAAAAGAGGAAAAGAAAUAGUGGUCAACAGAAGUACACAGAUUUGCCCAAGGAUACUCUAGAGAAGAUCACCACCAAAGUUUUGUCAAUAUUCUCACUACACUUGAAAGGAAUGUAUGAUGUAGUUGAGCAGAAGGAGAUACUUCAGUACAUAAGCAGUCGGUCUGAGUCAAGCUGGCCUGAUUUAAUGAGGCUUACUAACAAUACCAAGAACUUACUAGAUGCAGGAUUAGAUAGAAGAACAUCAGCCUUUAACUUCUGCAUCUUAGUCGAGAUAGACUCCAUCCUGGCAGAGGUUGAUGAAGUUAAGAAAAUGUUAGACCAGAAGGUCUACAAGACAUCUAAAGAUAAUGUACAGCUAGUAGUAACCAAAGUGAUGAUUGAGCUAUUUAAUCACCUUGUCAGUCAAAUUGAAGCAGGCCAGACGGUUGAUCAAGAAAUGGGGUUUAAAGAAGAAUUAGCAGCUAAUAUCAUCUAUUUUUGGAAUCAGUAUUUGUCCCAAAUUCAAUACCAAGGGUUUGACAUGAUCACUGUAAUCUUAUUCCUGCACCAGAUAAAGCCAUGGAUUUCCAAAGUAGAAGGCCUAGAACAGCUAUGUGAUGAGUUGAACCAAAUUUUUGAGAAUUCAGCAGAUGCAGAGCUAUUUGAUCUCUUUUUGAAACAGAAUGAUACUUCAGAGAAGUUGAGUCUUAAUGUAGUCAAAGCAAAUUCAGCAAGCUCAGAGACAGCUUUGAGUAAAUUUAAGAAGAUCAGCUCAAAGAAGGAAACCGAAAGUUUACUGUUUAUCGACCUGAACCCAACACCAGUUCCAGAUGUGAAGUUCUUGGAUAAAUUUUACCUCAUUGAAAUUCAAGAAAGCAGGGGAAUUAUUCUUCAUGAAAAGGUAGAUUUUGAAAUUCUCGAAGAAGCAGGUAUACGUAGACUAUGCAUUAUCCCAAAGGACUUGAAUGAUAGGUGAGUCUGAAUUAUGGGAUCCAAACUUGCAGUGAUCAACAACACUCAGUUCGAAGAUUUAGAGUAUCCCUUUAGAAGUUAUGUCGAUGAUGAAUUUAUCUCAACAGAGAUCAUGAAAUCCUUUGGGAAAUUCAGUUCUUUCAAGUUUAAUCAAAAUAAGUUAUGAACUAUUUCUGAGCCAUCUAAGUUAUCUGCUAUCCUCGAGAUCUGCUGUAAAUGGAACUUUGUGUCGAGUAUCAGGAACCUUCCUGGGCAUAUUUAUGGGACACUUGAGCUAGUUAACCAGGCAAAGAAGAAGUACAUGAAUAACAACAAGAACAAAGCUUAUUUUACUGACAUGUCUGAAGUUUUUGAGAACAACAAGUAUUAUAAAUCAUUUAUGGAGAAAUCUCCACUCAUGAAUGGGCUGGAUACUUUCUCACAAAAAUGUGACGAGCAUCUCAGAAGUUUCUAUGAAUAUGACACUAACUUUGGUGCUUUGUUCGAGAAAGUUCAUGAGACUGCAUCUGAUGUGUUGAAAGAGGUAGAAGAAUGCCAACAUUUGAUCGAGCAUUGUAAAUUCCUGAAAGAGACAGGAUUCACUCAGACAUAUACAAGUAUUGAAGGCCAACUCCAUCUCAAAGGAUUACUAAAUUUGGUAGAGAUUUAUCAUGAUAUGAGUCUGUUGAACUCUUUCUCCACUCUCUCCGAUGUUGAGAGUAUCUUUGUGCUUCCGUAUAAAAUUGAUAGGCAAAAAUAUGACUUUGGAGAUAAAGUAAAUGAAAUUCUAUCUCAGAGCAUCUAUUAUUACCAACUUACACUAGUAUCAACUCCAUCUGCUGAGACUGAGAAGGUUAUUGCAGACCUAAAGAUGAUAGAGAAGGAGCUCAAGACCAAUAUUGAUAAAAUGCCUGAGAAUUAUGAAAGCCAGAGAGGCCAAGUUAAGCAGUUAUUGAUAAAAUUGAAAGAAGUCUAUAGAGACAAUCUUCACAACCAAUCUUUGAGUACACUUGCUCAAGAUAUUUUCAGCUGCUUAAGGAAUACCAAAGAUAUUGAUAUGAAUGAGUCACAUCACAAGUUGAGAUCUGUCACAAGUAUCGCUAUAAGUCUCUAUAAAGCAUUCUAUCAUGACUUUGGAUAUCUAAUCGGACCGUUUAUUCUAACUCUGAUUAGACUGGCUAAUGAUAUGGCAUCUUCCCUAGUAAUCUGUGAGAGACUCAAAGAUCUGAACUCGAGUGAAAAGUUGCAUCGGAAGAUACUAAACUACCCAGCGCUUUAUGAGAACCCAUUGAGCAUGCUUCAGUAUGCUAACUCUAAAAUCCAGAUUGAUUCUAUUAUCGAUAGUAUGCAUCACCAAGUGCAGGAGUUAGUCAGGCUCGAGGUUGGAGAAAGGAGAGAUAGAGACCUCAAGACUGCAGAGAAGGAAGAACUAAAAGGAUUAUUUAAAAUCCCAAUUACUCCUCAGAUUGAGCACUUGAUGAAGAUCAGCAAGUCGAUAUUCGACAAAACCCAGAAGGACAAAGAGAGAGAAGAAGAGGAGGAACGACAAGAAAUCGCCCAGAACUUCCCAACCUACCAUGAAGAGUUUGAUAAAGAUAGGAUAUUUUCUAAAGAAGAGGUCCAAAAUGCAGACUAUGAAGAACCGGAAGAUGAGCCUGACAUCAUGUCCUUUAAUUCCUUCAGGAACUUGUCUGAGAAAAAGAAGUGUUUCCACAAACUUCUCAAAACAUACAAGGCUUUGCUCCAGAAGAGGGACUCCAUUUUAAGCAAGAACUCUGAUAUUAAAACAGUCAGUGAAUCUGCAGUCUUAACUGAGAAGUUUGGAGAAAUUUCAAAAUUAUUCCAAACAAUUUUUUCAAGGCAAUCUCAAGACAAGAUCGAAGAGUCUUUGACCCAUACUGAGAGGAAAGUAAUGUACCUCAAGAUAAAACAGUGCUUUGAAGCAUUGAUUAAGGAAAGCAAGAUGAGUGAGACUAAGAUUACCCUCCAAGUAUCAAGGAAGGACUUCCCAGAGAACUACAACUUCUAUGAAGAUCCAUACUUCACAGAGAUAAAGCUGGUAUAUGCACCAAUGAUAAAGAUCAUUCAUAGAUGUCUAGUCCUAUUGGAAGACUGGGGUGACCACCCAGUCCUCGUAGAUGUUGUCACAUACUGUAACAAAAUCCUUAGCUUCCACUGCUACAGGACACCAUUGCAGAAGGUCUUAACAGGAUUGGAAUUGGUGCUCCAGAAGUUGGAAGAGUACUCUAAAAUUGCAUGCAAGCUUAACUCAGUGCAGGACCAAAUUAAUACAUGCAAAUUAUUGAUAAUCAGAUUCAGGAAGAUCCAGAUCGUGUCUUGGAAGCAGAUGAUGCACAAUGACUACGACAACUUCAUUCACCUCACCUAUGCACUCAAUACAGAAGUGAUCAAACAGGAAGGAAUUGAGUAUGAUAAGGUAUUCGAUGCAGUUGAUAUGUACAUGAGAGAUAGUGACCUCAGUCAGUUCAACAACAGGCUUCUUCAUUUGAAUAUCCUCAAAAGCCAGAUGGACUCUAUUGGGAAGAAAGGAGUCUCAAAUAUCCUUCAUUUUGUGUACAUGUAUUAUAAACAGAUGGAGACCAAGCAUGCUGAUGUGAUGAAGGAACUUCAAAAAGAGACUGAUGAGAAAAUCAAAACAGUUGUUGAUGUGUCCAAGUGGAGCGUCCAGAAAUUUGAGACCUCGACAGUAGGAAGAGCUUACAGACAACUUAACAAAUGAAUGAAUCAUUAUAGCCGAAAUGUUCUUGACCAGGAUCUGACAAGGACUGUAAUUGCUAAAAAUAGAGAGGAGAUUAUCGGCCAAUACAAGACUGCAGCUACAAAUGUGAGAGGAGAAUUCGCUGACCUCAACAAAGAUCCAGUCUCUAUGGUCAGAAAGGGAGACUAUGCAAAAAUUGCUAAUCCAGACCUUAUCAAAAGACUCAGGCAUAUCUCUAAGAAUCAGAUAUUUGAGAAAUGGAAUAGUCAUAAUUUCAUUGAAGAGAAGAACAUCGAAAUCAUCAGCAAGAUCCUAGACGAGUGGGAAAAGAAAGUAUCGUCUCAGAGACGCGAUCUUAAUGAGUUAUUCAGGUUCUUGAAAUCUCAAGAUAUUUCACCAAAUUACAAACGGAUCAUUGAAGCUAAUAGAAGUAGUAAAUAUAUUGACUACGAGGAUGUCAGGUUCUUAUAUUGCCACCCUUCAAUCAGGAUCAGUGACUCCAUGAGCUACGUGAUGACUAGGAAUGAGUUCUACUUCUAUAAAAACUUUGAGUUGCUACUGAUAUUCAGUAGCAGUUUCCAGAAGAGUGACGAUAUCAAGAAUAAUGAAAUCUCAUAUAUGAGAAAUUUCACUGGAUCUCUCUACUACAAAUUACUGACUUAUAGCAAGAACAUGAACAGUGUUAUUGACAUCUUGAGAGAUAACUCCAUCUCUUCAACCACAGGCAAGUUCAAGCAUAGCAUAAUCCUUGAGCAGUUAAAGAACGAACCAGAAGAUGUCUCUGGCUUGGAAUACUAUAAAGUUCUCGAUUUGGCUCAGUCCAAGUCAAUCCUGACUAGACUUACAGAGACUCUGGAACGUAUCAAUAUGAUUCUUGGAAUUAACCUACAGAAAGACUAUAACUAUUACCUUCAGAUUAGAGGUUGCAUCCUGACUGUAGAGAAAGCACAGGAGAUUCUUGAAAAUAUUUCCAACAUCAAGCAAAAUAUUGAUGACGAUUAUCAAAAAUUGUGCUCUAACUAUGACGAAGACAUUGUAGUUGACCUCCUCAACGAGCUUAGUCAACUAGAAAUUGAUCUUAAAACCUUGUGUGAAACAAGUGAGAAUAUCAAGGAUGAGAAGGUAUUUGAAGCUUAUGAGAAAUACACAAAACUUCUCUACCAAGAGCUUACCAAGAUUGACAAGACUGAUCCUGAGAAGGCUGAGAAAGGACAAGCUGAAGGGGUUGAUAAGCACGUAAAUGAACUGUCAUAUAUCCUUGAAACUUUGAGUAUAUACCAAAAACUGAGUAAAUAUGAGAAGAUUAUAGCUCAGAGUGGGUCUAUCCAUCUCAGCAUCCUCACCAUGGACACGCACAUAUUACUCAUAAAGACAGUGGAGAGGCUUCUUAGGUACCAAAAGUCUCUUGCAAAGCUAUUAUACAUCCUUCUCACUCUUUUCCUGAACCUGACCUACAACGGAUUUUGUGGGGAUCGUGACCAAGAAGAGGAAGAAGGUGAGGGAGAAAAAGGUGAAAACUUUGAUGUCCACGAUGGAACAGGUAUGGGCGAAGGCAAAGGCAUGCAAAACGUCAGUGACGAAAUCGAACACGAAGAACAACUUGAAGGUCUUAAGGAUGAUCAAGGUGAUCCUGAUGAACAACCUGAUGAAAAACCUGAAGACAAUAAGGAAGAAGAUAAAGCCUUCGAUAUGAAAAACGACUUUGAAGGAACCAAUGAAGAGAAGAAAGAAGAAGAGGGAAAAGACAAAGACGAUGAGGUAGAUAGCCAACAGCUAGAUGACGAAAUGGACGAUGUCGAUAACAAGCUUGACAAUGAGCUAUUCAACGAAGACAAUGAGAUCUCUGAGAGCGAAGACGAAGAAGCCAAGGACCAGGAUGACAGCAAGCCCCCAAUGGACCUUGACAAGGAAGUUGACCUAGACCAUAAGGAUAUGGAAGCCAAAGAGAUCGACCACGAACAAAAGAAUGAUAUUAAUGACCAGCAAGACGAAGAGGAUAAAGAACAACCUCAGCAAGAAGCUGAGGAAGACCACGAAGAACCAGAGGAUCAAGACCCAGAUGCUGAAGAAGAAAUCCAAAAGGAGGAGGGCUCAGAUGAAGACGAAGAAAUGUCAGUCGAAGGCGAGCAUAAAUUCGAUCCUACCAAGGAAGAAGAUAAUAAUGACGGACCGGAACCAGACGAUGAUGCCCAAAAUGACUUUGACAUCGAUGAUCUUGAAAAUAUGGAUGGUGGCAGUGAAGAAGGCAAAGAUGAGCAAAUGGAAGACCAAGCUGAAUCAGAACAACUUGAUGAAGACAAUCCUGACCAAGACCCUGAUGUCGAUGCUGAGAGAGAGCAGCAGCCUGAUGAAGAGGAUGAAGCUAUUGCAUCACAAGUUCAGAACAACAAGAAGCAGGAAAACAACUCUAUGGGUAACAACAUGGAAAAAGGCCAGAAACAAGAGGACCAAGAGAAGGAUGAUAACCAAGCUAAUGAAGAGCAGAAGGACUACAACACAGAAGAUAAUGACUACCUCUUCCAGGUCAUGCAACAAUAUUUGGAGAAAGAGAAGAAGGAAGAACAGAAAAAGCCCAAAGAAGGGGAACGAAAUGAAGACCAAAAUAUGAAAAAGGCUGAAAACGUCGAAGAAAUAGAGGACCUUCCCGAACAAGCUGAGGGACAAGAUGAUCAGGACGACGAAAAUGCAGAGGAUUUCGCCAAGGAUGACAAAGCCAAAGAAAAACGAUCAAACGUUGCUGACACAGUAAAGUAUAACGACGAGGAUAUGCAACCUGAGGAUGAUCAGGAGAAUGAGCCUGAAGAAGCACCAGCUCCUGAAAAAGAUAAUGAAGAAAUGGAAGAUGAAGAAGAGAAAGAUAAAGACCUUAAUGAAGUCAAGGAUGAGGACCCAGUCAAGUCAAUGAUUCAGACAAAUGAGUUCUACCAAAAAUACUUAGAUGACAAGAACAAAAAGAAAGAGGAAGAGAAGAAGCAGAAGGAAGAGACAGAGAAGACAGAUCAGCCUGACGAUCCCCAUGAGAAUGCAGAUCAUAACGAUGACGCACAGAUGGAAGAUGACAGUGAAGAGGAGGAGCAGAUUCAACUAGAAAAAGAAGAGUAUAAGCUCGAUGAGUCAUCCCUUGAUGUACUCCAGUUGAAGAAAGAUAUGAUACAGAGGUAUGAAAGCUGGAGGAAAGAUAAAGACCAAGUCUCCUCUAGUUAUGAACUUCUGAAUAACUUUAAGAAGAAGACAAAUCAUCUUUCUAUAUCUCUGUGAGAACAAAUGAGGAUCAUCCUGGAGCCUACAGAAAAGAGUAGGCUCAGGGGAGACUAUAAGAGUGGUAAAAGGAUCAAUAUCAAGAAGAUCAUCCCAUUUAUUGCCUCGAAUUAUAGGAAUGAUAAAAUCUGGCUUAGAAGAGAAAUGCCAUUCAAUAGAGAUUACAGAGUAAUGAUUGCGAUCGAUGAUAGUCUUUCCAUGAAGAAUAACAACCUUGGAUUUUUCGCAUUAGAAUCCCUUGUCGCUAUCAGCGAAGCAUUGAAUCAAUUGAACGUUGGAAAAGUAUGCUUGUGUGGUAUAAACGAUCGCCUUAACAUGCACAUGUCAUUUGAGGAUACUUAUUCCGCUGAAAAGGCAGCAUUCACUAUAUCAAACUACUCCUUUGAGUAUAAGUCACAUGCAAGUGCGGAUACAUCAAUUCCUAAUUUCAUGCAGGACUGUAACAAGCUGCUCGACAGUUUGCAUUCCUCAAACAAGAACAUAGUCUUCAUUAUCUCUGAUGGAAGGUUUAAUAAGAAGAAGGUACUUCCAUACAUUAUGGAGGCAGAGGAGAAGAACUAUCUUUACAUGUUUAUUCUCCUGGACAACUACAGUAUUGACUCUAAGAACUCAGUGUUUAAUAUGAAGAGCGCCCAGUUCAUUAAGGAUGACAAGGGCAAAGGAGAGUAUAAGAUAACGAAGUAUCUAGAAGACUUCCCAUUCAAGUAUCACACAGUUGUACAGGAGAUUACCCACCUGCCUAAAGUCUUGGCAAAUAUAUUCCUACAGUGGUUAGCUGUAGUCAAUACUUAAUUUUUGAUAAUUAUUUACCAAGGCUUAGAUGUAUCCAUAUGCUAUCGAUGGU